GGUGCUGGGCGGGCCCUACCGCCCAGUGCGCGUCGGCCCUUAAACCUGCAGCCAGACCCAGUGAACCGAUCUGGCCUGAGCUCUGGGCAGUCACAGCUUCCAAGGCGAUGAAACCUUUAACCAGCAUCAAGAGCUGCUUGGCGGCCGGCCUGCUGCAGGACAAAGUGGCCAUCGUCACCGGCGGGGGCACGGGCAUCGGCAAGGCCAUCGCGACCGAGCUCCUGCACCUGGGAUGUAAUGUGGUCAUUGCAUCCCGUAAAAUUGAUAGAUUAAAAUCUACUGUAAAUGAACUGAAAGCCAAGCUCUCUCCUAACAAGGCCCAAAUCACUCCCAUACAAUGCAACAUCCGUAAGGAAGAAGAGGUGAAUAGUUUGGUCAAAUCCACUUUAGAUAUUUAUGGUAAGAUCAAUUUCUUGGUAAACAAUGGAGGAGGCCAGUUCAUUAGUCCUGCAGAAGACAUCACUGCAAAGGGGUGGCACGCUGUGAUUGAAACCAACCUGACGGGCACCUUCUACAUGUGCAAAGCAGUUUAUAGUUCCUGGAUGAAAGAGCAUGGAGGGGCUAUUGUCAACAUCAUUGUUCUUACUAAAUAUGGAUUUCCAGGAGCUGCGCAUAGCGGAGCUGCCAGAGAAGGUGUGUACAACCUCACCAAAACCUUAGCUUUGGAAUGGGCCAGCAGCGGAGUGAGGAUCAACUGUGUCGCCCCUGGAGUCAUUUAUUCCCACACUGCUUUUGACAACUAUGGUCAUUUGGCAAAGGAUAUAUUUGAAGCACAUUUUCAGAGAAUCCCAGCUAAACGGCUUGGCAUUCCUGAGGAGAUCUCCCCCUUGGUUUGCUUCCUGCUGUCUCCUGCAGCGUCCUUUAUCACCGGGCAGCUGGUGGAUGUGGAUGGAGGCCAGUCUCUAUAUACUCAUGCAUGUAAUAUACCAGAUCAUGACAACUGGCCUGAUGCGAUGGGGGACCUUUCUGUUGUCAAAAGAAUGAAAGAGUCCUAUAAGCAGAGAUCCAAACUCUAAGCCAAGGAGACGAAGAGGUUUCAUCCCCAAAUGCUUUCACAUCUUGAGAAAGCAUUUCUAUUCUUUAUAAGAGCUUAUAGGUUGUAUGGAAAAAUCACUUUCUUCUUGUUAAAUGUUGUCAAUGAUAUCUAUGCAAAAACUAUUCCUGAAAUAAAGCCCCAACCAGUGCCUUUUUGCUUGGGAUUAAAAAAAAAUUAGCAAUGGAAAUUAACAUACUUUAUCAUGAUACUUUUUAUUUCCAAAAAAGUUAUUUGAAAAAUGAAAUCAUUUUAGGUUAAUAGUAGAGUUACAACUGAAUUUUUACAAUGAUUUAUUCAAUGAUGGCAAAAACUCUUGGAUCAGUAAUGCUUUGUGGUAAUUAUCAAUGUAUAGUUUGUUUUAUUAAUGAAGACAAAUUUGUAUAAACCCACUUAAUUCAAAGGAAAAUAAAGUCAC